UGAGACAAGAGGAUGCUCCUCUCUCAAACCCGCUGCCAUCUCAGUGGUGGAAAUGUUGGAGUUGGGGAGGGUCGACUUUGAGGUGACAUUGACGCUAUGUAGAUGAGAGUGAGGAUCCUGCGCUCCAUGUUACGUCCCUGCUCGCUUCAACUCAGACGGCGGCAGCUCCUUUCCCCGUCUUCUCUCCCCUCCUCUCUUUCAGCACCACUCCUUUAAGGACAGCACCUCGCUCUCAAAGGCGCAGUUGUCCACCAUCGUCCCCCCUCAGGAUCGUACAUUUUACUCGCUUUCGUCGGAUGCAAAGUUCCCACCUUGGUCUUACUCAGUCCAAGUGCAAGGAAGUAACUUUUUUAUUAGGAUUUUCCCGAGAAAGUAUCAGGAAAAGUAGCGGGAUUUACUCAGCCCGUCCUCGGCUAUUCUCUGGGAGCUUGGAUUACGGAUAAGCAGCUAUCUGUCUGGAUUGGUGUUGAAACCUUCUCUUCUUCACUGGUCAGGACUAUCCAACACACUCGUGACCAUGGCUACUAACGGGACCAAAGCCUCGGACGGACAUGUCUUAACGGAGACGGUGAAUGACGCGCCCACCACCACGCCAAACGACAAACCCAAAACCUUGGUGGUCAAAGUGCAGAAGACGAAUAAGGAGAUACCCGAGAGAGAGACGUGGGGUGGAAAAUUUGACUUUCUACUCUCUUGUGUGGGAUACGCUAUCGGACUCGGAAAUGUCUGGAGAUUUCCUUACCUAUGUGGAAAAAACGGCGGAGGAGCCUUCCUGAUUCCCUACUUUUUGACCCUUAUAUUUGCUGGCAUGCCCCUGUUCUUUCUGGAGACGGCUCUUGGUCAGUACACCUCUAUUGGAGGUCUUGGAGUUUGGAAGCUGGCGCCAGUGUUCAAAGGUGUGGGUCUGGCUGCUGCUGUUCUGUCCUUUUGGCUCAAUAUCUAUUACAUUGUUAUCAUUUCCUGGGCUAUUUAUUAUCUGUACAACUCAUUUACUGCGGACCUGCCAUGGCAGACUUGUGGAAAUCCCUGGAACACAGAUCGCUGCUACACCAACUACAGCCUCGCAGACACCAAGAACCUCACCAGCGCCGUGGUGGAGUUCUGGGAACGAAACAUGCACCAGAUGACGGAUGGCCUGGAGAAGCCCGGGGAGGUCAGGAUCCCACUGGCUAUCACACUUGCCAUUGCAUGGGUGCUCGUCUAUUUCUGUAUCUGGAAAGGGGUCAGCUGGACUGGCAAAGUGGUGUACUUCUCGGCCACAUACCCUUACUUCAUGCUGUUCAUCCUGUUUUGCCGAGGCAUCUCUCUACCCGGUGCCAUGGAUGGAAUCCUCUUCUAUAUCACACCAGACUUUGAAAAACUGAAGCAGUCCGAGGUGUGGCUCGAUGCUGCCACUCAGAUUUUCUUCUCCUACGGGCUAGGAUUAGGCUCUCUGAUUGCUCUCGGGAGCUACAAUACUUUUAAUAACAACGUUUACAGAGAUUCUGUCAUUGUCUGCUGCAUCAACUCCUUCACCAGUAUGUUCGCCGGCUUUGUCAUCUUCUCUAUCGUGGGAUUCAUGGCCAAUGUAACAAAGAGACCCAUCGCUGAUGUAGCAGCCUCAGGGCCUGGUCUGGCAUUUUUGGCGUAUCCCGAGGCUGUUACCCAGCUGCCAGUCUCUCCUCUCUGGGCCAUACUCUUUUUCUCCAUGCUCCUGAUGCUGGGAAUUGACAGCCAGUUCUGCACCGUGGAAGGCUUCAUCACUGCACUGGUUGAUGAGUUCCCCCAUGUCCUCCGAAAACGCAGAGAAAUCUUCAUUGCAAUCGUCUGCCUUGUGUCUUAUAUCAUUGGCUUAUCCAACAUCACACAGGGUGGACUGUACGUGUUUAAAUUGUUUGACUACUACUCAGCUAGUGGGAUGUCCCUGCUCUUCCUGGUCUUCUUUGAGUGCAUCUCAAUCUCGUGGUUCUAUGGUGUGAACAAAUUCUAUGACAACAUUGAGGAAAUGGUUGGCUACAGGCCCUGUCUCUGGUGGAAGGCCUGCUGGGUUGUUUUCACUCCGCUCAUUGUGGCUGGAGUCUUCCUGUUCAGUGCAGUGCAAAUGGUUCCCCUCACUAUGGGCGACUACGUGUUCCCAGCCUGGGGUCAGGGGGUCGGCUGGUGCAUGGCCCUCUCCUCCAUGAUUCUCAUCCCUGGCUACAUGGGCUACAUGUUCCUCACACUCAAAGGCACAUACAAAGAGCGUCUGCGGAUGAUGAUCAAGCCUGUGGUACUGGUGAAGGCUCAGGAAAAUGGCCCAGACCAGCAGACAGAAAACCAGAAUCAGAACCCUGCUAACGAGGAAGCCUACAUCUAAAACAGCUCUGCCUGUCUCUCAGUCUAGACGGCCAGACUGGCGCUUCACUGCAAAAGAAACGUAAUCAAGGUUGGGAACAACCACUAGACUUUUAUGUCUGCUUUUAUUCACCUACCUCCUGGGGACACGUGAAACCAACCUGAUUACACAGUUAUUUUUAGGGGUUUUUCUGUUUGUUCAUUUGUAUAAUACAGAGUUAUAAAACGAAAAACAAAUUACCCAGCAAAGUUGUCGUGAUAUUAUGACUUUCAUUAUGCAAAAAAAAAGUUAGUCUUUUUAGAAAAGGAAAUGUGACUUAGGAUAUUACUGUACAUUGAAUAUAUAUAAUUUAAAUUUGGAGGCCCAUGUUGAUUCAAUAGUAUUGUGCUUUGACGAUAUUAAUUCAUCUACUAAACACCAGUUACUGUACAAAGAAAAAUAUUGGUGAAACGCCUUUUACUUGUACAUGAAAUAAAUACAUUAAAAUGAAAGCAGUGUAGUAGGUGAAAAAAAAAGAAGCAGUUUCAAAGUUUGUAAAGAAAAAAUUGAACAUUGACCAAUUUAAGGCCAAGACAAUAUGGGAAUGUGUAACAGGUAAGGCCAAAUCUGCUUGUAUAUGUAAAAGAUCAUUUAACCUGACUAUCACUCCCUCGCAGAAUCCUGCCCUCCGCCUGAAAUGUUUACCGCCCAUGUCUGGGGAUUACAGUUAAAAAAGCACAAGUAUAGUGUGGCAUUUUGAAGCAUCCAACCUGUUUUUGGCAUGAUUGCAACCUGUGACGACCGCAAAAAUAACUUACAUAGGAUACAUAACAAGAGACUGUUAUAAUUGUUUCUUUGUUUUCUAAAGAACAAUAACUUUGUAUGUUGUCUGAAUCUUUUUUGUAGAAUCAUUUUUAGGUCAUUUUCUAUACGUGAGAGUGAGAAGGACCAAAAUCAUGCUCUAGUUACGUGAUUGGUGUAGACGUUUGACCCGCGUAUUAUAUAUGGAUAAAAUUGCUUUUUGACUCAUUAUGAAGCAAUAGGGUAUUAAAGACAGCAUCCGCCUACAAGCACAAUUUGAAUCUGUAAACUGCCACCUCUAAUAAUAAAGGUCUAGCCAUUACAGAAAUCCCUUAUCUGCACAGUGCAUACUAUAUUUCUGCUUGAUUAUUCGGGAAAUGUUUGUUUUUCUUCGGCUGACAACCAGCUGAGUGGAAAGAAAGCAUCAUGUUGCAUUAAGCCAGUGCUGAAUCUGAAGUAUAUUUUAAACUGUGAGAGGGAAUCAGCGGCUGCUUUGCUGUAGAUUGAGAGUGUAAGAUGGAUUUCUAUGAUAGCUACCACUAUUCUGGCUUGAAUCGUUUACUUGUAUAUCUAUUUAGUAACCCACUCCUCAGGAACAAACGUGGACGUGACCAAAUUCUCUCAGAUACGACAUUGAAACACCACAACCGUGACUGCCAUAUUAAAACAAUAAAUGAAUUCAUAAAUUGUCAAAUUUCUGCCCCUCCCCUCCCCCCCACAUUAAAUCAACAUGCUACCUAAACAGAAACAAAACAUGAAGACACAGACCAAUAUGAAGACUUAGCACAUACUUGGACAAAAGCUGAUCCAAAUUGUUGCCUUUUUUGUCUGCAUGCUAUUUUCUCUGCUAGCAUAAUUUCUCUCAGUGUGUAUAAACUGUUAUGGCCUUUACUCUGACGUCUUAGUAGAAGCCAUAGAAUGCCAGUGUUGGACUUUGAGAGAGAAACUUUGGCUCAGUCAGAGACGCCAGAUACUACACAGGCCAACACCACUGAAACUAUUCCUUUUCAUAAGGUAAAUGAAAACCUUUUACUACAUAUCAAGUUUGCUCUGCAAUAUAAAAGCACACACGUAGAUGCUGACUUUGUGACUGACCGUUAUUACUACAAAGAUGGAUCAAGAGAAUUUGCUUCUGUGGCAGCUACAUGCGACAGGAAUCAGGUUGAAUCAGUCCCGUUCUUUUUUUUUCUUUUAUUUAUGAUUUUUUCUCUCAAAGAUAUGUGAAUUAAAAUGUGCAAUGACAAAAGGAUUCCGUGAAUUUUGUAUAAAGUUACCAUACUGCAGUUUUCUCUCUUGAAUGAUGUUGUAAACUGGACUGUGUAAUACAUGUAUCUGUGAAUGUCCGUACAACCUGAGUUUUUCUUUUAUUUUUGUCUAAAUGUUGAACAAAAAAAAAAAAAAACGUGAUAUUAUUUGCUGUUUUCUGCAAUAAUACUAUCUCAGAAACUAAAGCACAUAUCUCUCUCUACUGUAAAAAAAUAUAAUGACAAUAACAGAAUAGAGUAAUAAUGAAGAUGAUAAUAAUAAUAAUGUAAUAGAAAUGUCUAGUCAGAGAAUAUCGUUUUGUAUAUUUCUAGCUGUUUCAUGGGCCUAAUGUAAAAUAUUCUAUGUAAAAAAAAAAUAUAAUAAAUGUCUUUAGAUGGUGUUAUAUGAAAAAGCAUGAUUGCAAUAUAUGUUAUCUGCAAAAAUAAAUAAAGACCUAUAGAUUAUAA